AUGCCUCCAAGAAAUCCAGCUGCUCAAAGGGUGUAGAGCUCUUAAAAAAUAGUUUAGUCCCACAAGGAACCAAAAUAAGAAUAAUCUAGAGAAAAGGAAAUAUUAGAAUUUUAAAAGAAGCAAUUUUCAAUUAACGAUUAAAGGUUGCAAAAGAAUAUGACUCUUUUAAAGAAAAUACGUACAUUUGGUUCUUUGAAUGCAGGCUUGGCCACUGGUUUACUAGGAUAUGAUGGAUUUUCAGGAACAAUACUUUAUUUCAUUUUCUUUUUUAUUGUUUCCUUUUUAUGCUUAUAAAAGACAGGAUUUAAACCUCAAAAUUACUUUUUAUCUGCCAAUGAUGUAAUCACAGGAGGACUACUUGGAGAUUUAUUAGUUUUUAUCUUAGUAUGGGUUUUAUCGUAAAAUUUAGUCCAUAUAUUAUGA